AGGGAAGCCAUUCAAGGGUAGCGACCGCCUAUCGAAACCUUGCUGAGCUGGCAAGUGCGCAUGCGCACAGCUUUACUUUGCCGGCGGGUGGAACUGAGAAUUGGGCCAGGGGUGGGGCGUAACGCGGCUGUCAUUGCCGGAGCUGAAGGCGCGGGAAUGGCGACGGAGUUGGAGUCGUCGCUGGAGCUGAGUUUGUCGGACAGCUGCACGGAGCCUGGGACGCUGCCCCCCGCGCGCGCCCGCAUUUUCAAGAUCAUCGUCAUCGGGGACUCGAACGUGGGCAAGACGUGUCUCACCUUCCGCUUCUGCGCCGGCCGCUUCCCGGAGCGCACCGAGGCCACCAUCGGGGUGGAUUUCCGCGAGCGCGCCGUCGACAUCGACGGGGAGCGAAUUAAGAUCCAACUCUGGGAUACAGCAGGCCAAGAACGAUUCAGGAAGAGCAUGGUUCAACACUACUAUAGGAAUGUACAUGCUGUCGUAUUUGUAUAUGAUAUGACAAACAUUGCAAGUUUUCAUAGUUUGCCUUCAUGGAUCGAGGAGUGUAAGCAACAUUUGUUCACUAAUGACAUACCCCGUAUUUUGGUUGGAAAUAAAUGUGAUUUGAGAAAUGCAAUUCAGAUACCGACGGACAUGGCACAGAAAUUUGCUGAUACUCAUAGUAUGCCACUGUUUGAAACAUCUGCUAAAAAUCCUGAUGACAAUGAUCAUGUGGAAGCCAUAUUUAUGACUCUGGCUCAUAAACUCAAGAGUCACAAGCCAUUAAUGCUAAGUCAGCCACCUGAUCAUAGCACAAUACACUUAGAAUCGGAACCAAAACCUGCCAUCACAUGUUGGUGUUAAUUUGUAUCAUUUUUAGUCACUCUCAUGUUCAACAGCAAGUGCUUCAAGAUUGUGGCCUUGGUCAUAUUCCAGUGUAGUCGGUAUUAUGUUGGAUCAAUUUGGCACUUUAUUGUAUGCUUUUGUGUCUUGGUGAAUUAUACUCUUUGCACUUUGUAAUUGUUGGAUCCACAAAUUGCUGAAGUUUCUGGAAAUUAGCUUUUCAAGUGAAGUUUGCCAUCAUCCCUUUAGUUUAUAGUUUCAGGAUCUUUUCUCACUAAGAUAGAUAUAGCAGAUCAAUUUUUUAAUGCCCUUACAGUGCAACCUAUGGGGAGGGGCAGUUCCGCAGCAGCUGGGGACAGUGCCACUGCAACAAAGCUGUACCAGUUCAUAAAUGGUUUCAAGCACAGGGAACAUAGAAAACUGAAAAACUCCCUUGUUGACCUGAAAACCACCAAUGGACUACAUCACUAAACUGUGACGUAGGUCGGAGUUCCCAGGCUGAAAACUUUGUGGAAAGUCAGCUCCACAUCUGGGAAAGCCCCCCAACUGCCCCCACCUGGGCCAGUGCAAGUAGUACUGUUGGCACAUGCAGCACAUGCAGCAGCUUCUCCAUUCAGGCACUGCACAAUUGCGCUGCAUCUCGCCACUGGCAUAUUAGCCCCUCCAGCAGCAUAUCUGCCCCUUGCCACGUUGGUAUGCCCUUGCGCCACUUCCAGGAGUCCCCCCCAAUGGAUCGCACUGUUAGCAUGUCAAUUUACCACAGUUCUGUAGAAAACUAAAGUGCUACAAAGUAUUACUGUUGUGUACCUGUGAAAUUAACAUUUCUAUUCCAUAUUUUGAGCAGUGCACAGUGGAAUGGAAAGAUUUGACUUGAGUGCUAGUGUUGGAUUCUUCUCACAUUUUGAUUUUUUAAUUAUACUCUCUCAGGAGUCUCAUGAAUGAAGGGAUGCACAUUCAGAGCUUUUCUAUAUAAAGAUAGGAUUGGAAACUCAACAUGUCCUUUUUCAUAUGUCUAGCACUCCUUAAAGGUCUUUACUUAUUCUUAAGUGAACGAUAGAAAAUACUUAAGAGAGAAUAUUCAGGAUUAUUCCAGUUUGUUCUGUACCACUAUGCUCUUGUCUUUUACCAGAUAGGUUUAUAAAUCUAGUGAAACAUUGGAAACAGCAUUGGAAACAGUAACCAUAUAACAAUAUUGGUUGCAGUUGUAACAGAACUCUGGAGCUGGAACAAUCAUUAAGAUCACUUUUUCUUAAAUUUGUGCCUGUACCUUUAAGAGUUUUCCAGCAGCAUAAGAAGAUCCAUGACUUGCCUGUCCUACUUGCCAUGGAGCUAAACUUCUUUCUGUUUUACAGCAAGAGGGUAGAAGUGCCCCCCUUGCCCUACUUAAAACUGUUGACACCACUGAGGUCAGCCAUUUUUAACCAUCAAUUUGUAUUCCCUUGCUGGGAUGAAAUGUGGCGUGUCUCAAUGGGCAACUUGCAGUCUUAGCACACUUCUACAAUAUGGCAUCCAAAGCAUGGGGCAGUUCUAGGCAGACAUUUUAAAUCAGGAUACUAGUUUGUGAAGCUGACCUAGAGAACAUGGUUAAGGUUGAAGUGGCAACAUUAUUGAAAAGGUCUGCUGAACUACAAAUGUAGAUUUUGGUAGACUGAUUUGGGAGAACAAAUACUAUCCUGUGCUGAUUGAUCUGUGCUUGUGUCAUUUUAAUGUUCUUAAAAUAACACGACUGAAACGCAGUGUUUCCAGCACGAAAUAACUUAUGUGCCUUAGUAUAUGAUGAUAAGAGACUAUCCCAUGGCAUUUUACAGGAUGUCAAAUUAAUCUUCUAGGCAUGGAUUAGGGGUCACUGGGGAUUUGGGUGAAAGUAAUGGUGGACUUCCUACAUUGUGCUGAGAAUGGACUAGUUGACCCUGGAGAUCCCUUCUAGCUCCAUAUUUUUGAUGGUUAUGAUUUCUAAUGGAAAAAAUAAAAAUGAAUGUAAGUUGUUGUUUUCUGUAACUGAAGCAGCUAAAACUGAAGUGCAUAUGAUACCACAUUUUGUUUUGACUUGGUGCUUCUUCAUGUGCAAACAAUAUAAAAAAUCUCUUUUUGAUGAGAAUGAAAGCUAAGGCUUGCCCAUUUCUUACCCAUAAGGGCUUUGCCCAUAUGAAGUGUGCACGAGCAGGGCUUUCCCACGAUCAUCUCAUAACAUGCAGUGUUGGGUAUGGGUAAUCCCAUGGCCUUGCGGAACAGCAUUAUCAGAAAUCUGAGAUCAAGUUGAAGAAUAAAGCAUACUUCCUAUGUUUUUUAAUAAUGUACCUGUUGCAUUAAAAGAUGGCUUCUCUCCUGUGUAAUGAGGAAAGGUGCUUCUAACCAUGGCUGUUAACCUUUAGAUCAACUGAAAUUUUUAAAAGCACGUAAGCCUUGGAGUAUAUAUCAGUAUCAGUGCUGUUUAUUAACACUUAUUUUGCCCAGUGUAAUUUGCUAACACGGUAUUCACUCACUAUAUGCUGCUGCUGGGAAAAAAAUAACUAUGAGCAUAUUCUCAAGCUUAGAAUCUUUACCUUAAUAUAACUAUCAUUGGUCAUUUUAGGGUAAUUAAGAUAUAUAAUGAAUAAAAAAUAUUCUUCUGUAAAUUACUGGAGUACCAAACACUAGCUUUAUGGUCUAGGUUUAAAUAAAUAUUAAUUGCACCUCAGUCACUAAAAUCUAUGGACACGCUGGUCUAAGCAUGCAUAUGUGGAUGGUGCUCAAGAUUUUAUACAGUCUUUUUCGCUUAUUAGUUCAGCUGUUUACAAAGUUUUUUUGUAUAAUACUCAGAAAAGGGAAUGUAUCUGUUUUAAAGUUUAAGCAACUUUAGUUUAUACUGCUUCUGUGAAUAAUUGGCUGUGUCUGUAAUUAUUUUUUUAAUAAUGACGUGUCUCAAAUGUAGAUGAUUUUCGAACAUGGUUUACAUUCUUCUCUUAGAGCACAGGUGUCAAACUCAUGCCCCUCCAGAUGUUAUGGACUACAGUUCCCAUCAUCCCCUGCCAGAAUGAUGCUGGCAGGGGAUGAUGGGAACUGUAGUCCAUAACAUCUGGAGGGCCGCGAGUUUGACACCUAUGUCUUAGAGGACUCACCAGUAAAUUAAGAACAUGUAGUGAAGGUUUCAGUGCAAAUGUGGUAUCAGUGCUUGUUUAUAAACUUUAAAAAAAAUAAAUAAGCACAAAAUGAAGGGUUUAAUGAGGUAGAUAAGGAGUGGAAGAAGAACAAGUUAUGUAGGUGCUACCACCCAGUACAACCUGUGAGAUGAAUAUUUUGCAGCUUAUAACUGUUUAUUGCACAGAAUUCUUCUGUCAUUGAAUCACAAAAUAAUGAUGCUAUAUAACAUUUUCAAUAGCAUUUUAUCCUGUUGCUGCAUACACACACACACAUACACAUACAGUUACGUAUAUACUCGUGUAUAAGCCGACCCGUGUGUAAGCUGAGGCACCUAAUUUUACUGCCCAAAUCUGGGAAAAC